CAAGUACGAGCUAUGACGUCAUUUUGCAAGUGUUUAUUUUGUUGUCAUGUCUGUGCAGAGGCUCUUUUGACGGCUUUUGCUUUUGUGAAAUUUACCUUUCAAAUGCACGAAAAAGAGCUUUUUGGACCAAGAUCAGUCACCGUUUUUUGAAAAAAUGAGUGCUCUGAGUUAGGAUAGAGGUUUUACUGAUAUAGACUGUAAGGCAGAAUACAAAAAUGUAUCGCGAGCAUUUGGCUGCUGUAUCAGCAUGGUUCGAAACCUUGUCAGAAUGCGAGCAAAUUGUCGCUCUAUAUUCUUUGUUGAAAAGAUUGGCCCCAGCACAAGCUCGUUUCCUUACUUUAGCAAUGGACCAGUCACUUGAGAAUUGUGUUGAACUUCAAGUGGCAGAACAACAAGCCAAUAACCCUGGUUUUGUGAGUAGCUUAUUGACAGAGAGUGCAGAAAUUGCCAUGAGCCAGCUCCUUCAACAUCUCCCACUCCUCCGCCCUGGAAACAAUGAAGCUAGAUCACGAUACAUUGCUGUUAUUCCACGUGUCUUGAGUCAUGCCACUGAAACAGGGGCACACUUAGAGGAAGCUAGACAGUUACUUUCCUACUCGCUAAUUCACCCUGCUCUUUCUAAUGAUGACAAAAGGACAUUAAAUCCAUGGCUUAAAAUGAUGGAAGAGCGUAUCACUAAUGGGGGAAUGGGUGCAAAUACACCUAUCACAGCUGACUCCUCUCCAACUCAGCAGCAGCCACCGCAGCCGCAGGGACAACAACCAUCCCAGCCACAGAACCAGCAGACACGCCCUGGUUUGACUAUUUCUAACAAUGGACAUUCACAUUUGCAAUUCCAGCCAAACUCACAGAAUCAAGGUGGAGUGGGAAAUUACACGAAUGGUAGCCAACCUAGAGUCAGACGCAGCAACAGCCUUACACCACCUGUGAGCAUUGCUCAUAGUGUAGAGCUAUGGAGCUCACAGGAUGACCUUUCUGGACGACAAAAAGCUCGCAGUUUCUCACUCUCUUCUGAGUCUGGGCCUCCAUUAUCUCCGCAAAGCUCUCAAGCUUCUUCGGGCAGUGGCUCAGAGUCACAUUUAGAUGAUCUCCGGCUGCAAUUUAGCAGUGACAGCUGUGGCAUGCGAGAUAUACCAUCCUGGCUAAAAUCCUUGCGAUUACACAAAUAUGCUUGGUUAUUUUCUCAACUCAGUUAUGAGGAAAUGUUGAACCUCACUGAAGAGAAACUUUCUGCCCUUGGAGUUACGAAGGGAGCUAGACACAAAAUUGUUCUUAGUGUUCGCAAACUACGUGAGCGUUAUCACACACUCUGUCAGUUGGAACGGGAUGUUGUAGCUGGAGCUAGUUUAUCUCAAGCAAUGGAUGACUUAAGAGCAGUUUUGUGUUCACCCAUCAAAGCAGUUGAUGAGAAAGACAAGGACACCAGUGUUGAAGAUAUUCCAGAACAGUUCACUAAAGUAAUGGGAAAAGUGUGCACUCAACUACUUGUAUCAGGACGUGCUGAGGAAAAGCUGUUAAGUGACUUUGUCUGGCUACUAGAUCGAUGUCUGCAACAUGAAGCUUUUAGUGCGAUACAUAAGCAACGACUUGGCUGCUGGAAAAUGCAGCUGCAGCAUGUGUGGCGUCCAUCUCCCCAGCGUCACCUGCACAAUAGAUACAAGUGGCACAACCCUCAUUCUCAAACAUUUUCCGUUGGCUCCCACCCUACAGCCAAUGCACGAUUUCAGGGCAUUAUUGGUCAAGGGUGUCCAACCUCUCAAUCACAGCAAUUACAGCAGCAAGCAAAUCAGCAUCAGCAGCAAACUGCUCAGCAGCGAGCAGCAACUUUUGCGAGUCUAUUCCAAAGUUUGGCUCCAUCUCAACAACAGCAUCGCAAUAGUUUAGCUGUUAUUGGAAGUCCUCAGCUUGGAGGAAUCUCUGAAUUCAUGGCAAAGCGCCCAAGUCUCCAGGACCCACUUCUCAUGGAGCCCCUUGAAGGCCAUUCUCAGCUAACAAGAACUCGGUCAGCCCCUCACAAACCUUGUCAGCAACUUGUCUCACCUGACACAACUCUUCCACCCACAAGCCUUCCAUCAACACUGCCACCAACAAAUACUGAUUAUGAUCCCAUCAACUCUCGGUUGGAAUCAUUGUGUCUGAGCAUGACAGAGCAUGCUUUAGGGACAUCUUUGGAGCUCUGAGGUGUACUAUAAAUUUUUGACUUAAACAACAAAUGAGGAGAUUCAAGUGCAUUAAGUAAAUCCAUUUAAUAUGGUGAGGGAAACAGAAACGAAGAGACUGUGACAGCUGCAAGACUGUGCUGUGCUGUGCUUUGCUGUCUUAUAGUGAGUCAAAAUGUAGCAUUUCAUUUGCAAUCCCUAUGAGGUUAUUUAGGAAACAUGAAAAACUUCAUUAAGCCCUGUGUUGUGUUGUUCCAAAUGUAAUUUUUUGUGAACCAGAAAACAUGUAUGGUUUGUUACUAAAUGUUGUCUGAGAGUCAAGAACCCAUUGUAUGGUAAAUAUUUGUAAUAAUUGUAAUUUUGAUUGAUACAUUUUAUAUGUGGUGUACAUAACUGCAAAAACACAUUAGUGUGAUGUGGGUGCAUCUAUUCCUCACACCUUUGACUAGUAAUUAUAUAUUUUAAGAUGCCUAUUCUUGUGUGGCUAUUUCUAUACCGCACCGCUUUAAAACUUAUUCAGUUUUAUGCAUCUACCAUAAUUUCCGGUGUUGUCCUCUUUUGUGUAUAGAAUUUAGUAUGAUGCUUUGUGAAAAUUAAAAGUUUGAAUUAGUCUGGUUUAGUGGGGUAAAUUGCACUUUUAAGAUGUGACAAGGUAACUUCCUGUAACUCAUUUUUUAAAGCAAAACAAAAAAAAUUGUCUGUUUUGUAUGCUGGAACCUUUUACUGCCACAUUGCCUGGUUUCUUCUGUUUAUUUCUCUCAGACUUCAUAACUAACUGACUGACUGACUAUUUGUCUACUGUUUGCGAUUUGUCUGGGUGUUCAAUCAUGAUCUACAUUGUAUAAAUAAUUACAAAAUGAUCUAUUUAAAUAGAAGAAGUACGCAGGUCGGAAAAUUCAUACCAGAUCUCUGUUGUUUUAGUUUAAAGUACAUUAUUAUGUGAUGUGAUGACAGGAUGUAUGUAAGAAGUCAUGUCUCUUUUGACUGUCUCACUAGCAAUAUUUUAAAGAUGUAUAUUAGGAAUUUCCAAGAGAGAUGACACAGAUUGUAGAGUCUUUUAUUAUAAUUAAUAUUAUUAUUACCUGUACACAAUCACCUACCCCAGUUGUCAAUUAAUUUAAUUGUUUAUCUUCUUUUCUUAUGCUGGGUGUGAAUUUUGUGAGAGAUGUGUUAAGGACAGAUGCCUAUAAAAUAUGUUACCUCUCUGACUAUUAUGUAUUGAGUGCCUGUGUGUAUGAGUUUGUGUGAUUGUGUUUAUGUAUGAUUGUAAAUGUAUGUGUACUUAAAGCAUUCAACACAUAAGCUACUGUACAAGAAUAAAGCCAACUGUGUUCUUUUAAAUAUUUCACAAGAGUUGUAUUUCAAUUUUUUUUUGAAACACGCAUGCUUGUUGUGUUUCUUUUCUGUAUGUGAAAAAUAUUAGAUAUGUUACCCCUUGGGCUGUUUUCUUUACAGUACCUUUAGUUUGUUUGUUUGUUUGUUUCUGUUUUGUUGAAGUACUCUUCCCAUGGCAACUGAGUUGGAGUCAAAUAGAUAAUUCUAUGUUGAUCAAAAUUGACUUUUUUCUUGAUUAAGAAAUUUGUAUUUAUCAGCAAAUGGGUCAGGCUGUGCCUACCAGUGUUUUAUUUAUUUAUUAUUUAGGGCAUACAUAUGACUGGACUUAAGCUUUUGAUUGUGAUGUUUCUGCUCCUUUUAUUGCAGUUAAAAGUUAGAAAUCGCGUUUGAAAUAUGGGUGAACAGUAUGCAAUAUUUAUCUCUUUCAGAUCUCAAUCAGGGAGGUAAAACUUUUUAGUUCUCUGUAGGUACAAAAUGGAUGUAAGAGUAAAGAGCGAUUUCUGUCUAACUUUAAAACAAAAUAUCUCCAAAUAAUUUUGUUUGCAUCUGUGAAUUUUUAAGUACACUACCAUUAGUGCUAUUUGAUGAAACAGAAAUAUUCCAUCCAUUGAACUAUCACUAGUCAAGCAACCAAGAUGUGCCCUUAAUUAAUUGAAUGGUCCAUGUUACCUCAAUAUCUAUCUAAACUACCCCCCCUUUUCCCCCAAAUUUUAGAAAGGUGUUUUCUUCUCAACUUUCCCAUUAAAAUUCAAUCACCAAUUAUUUAUUUAUUUUUAUUGUAUUCUUCAAUUUGCAAAUAUUGAGAGCAGAGAGAUAAAUCGCAUUAUUUAAGUGCUUGACAACCAUACAGUGUGUUUAGUAUCGCACCUUGUAGCAUUAAAGAAUGUAUUGUCAUUGCGAAACAACCCUGUAAAAUUACAUUCAGAAGAUUCAGAAGGACAACCUUAAUGGUUCAUGUAAAUAUGAUCAAAGACUUAAGGGACAUCUUACAAACAUUUUGUAAAUGUGAGCAUACUUUUUCACUUUUUUACUUGCCUCUAUUUUACAGAAGAGGCUGUAGGUAAUAUUAAUUAAUACAAGAAAUAAUUUGUAUUGUUUUUAGUCAGGUAGUGUGUCCAACCUUAACAGUUUAGUGGCCUCGGUCAGGCUUGUAAAAUGUAGCUUGUGUGAAACCAUUCUCCCAAUGAAGAGGAAAAGGAAGUGAUGUGUAACAAGUGACUGUUAUCUCUCCUUACGCUCCCUGAAGCUAGACCUUAUUGAUUAAAAUAGAAUGUAAACUAAUCCUGUACUUGGCAAUCUUACUUUAGCUUAUUCAAGUUUUACUGAUCUUAAAAUCUCAUUCAGUUACUCCCUCUCUAUAGUAAUUUUGUAUUUUGAACUUGGGUGCAUGCAACAUGCUUAACUUAUUAUGUCAUUCUAAUUUUUCACUCAUGUGCAAUUUUUUGUAAGUAUUGAGUUAACUCAUGCUUUUUCACAACAGUUUAGCUGACAAAGCACUUUGCCUUAGUCAGAAAAUCAAAAACUAAUUUAGAGUACAAAGUUUGCUAAAUAUUAUAGAAUAUGUAUCAGUUUCUGAUUAAUAUGACAAACAUGUCAGUAUUCUAUUUUUUCAUUAAAUUUUUUGUAAGAGGGGAAAAAUUAAUUAGGUAAUACAGCUGGUAGACUGAUCAAAGUGCAGUAUUAGAGAAAAAAACAUGCUGAAAACUGGGUUUGAAAUAUAAAUUUUGCGCAACUUUUGAUUCAGAAAGUGAUUUAGCCUUUAUUCAGUGUUCAAUGAUUAGCUGUGUCCUGUAUGGCUUCAUUCUACAGUCUGAUUAGCUUCAAAAUAAUGUAUUAUGCUAAUGCAUGAUAGAUAUUUAAGCCCAUCUGGGUUGUAGAACUGAUAUGUUUAGAGUUCUUUCACAUCUUCCAUUUCUCAUGGAACCAUUGUGUUCCUAGGUAUAAGAAUUUGUGAACAGUUUUUUGUUCAUUUUUGUAAUGGUUAAGUGUUUCCUUUUUUGAAAUGGACUGAUUGGAACAUUUAUGUGGUACUUUGUAGCAUGUGGGUAAAAGUACUGAAGUUUCUUGAACUGACCAUCACCAACAAUCAUUUUUUAAAUAUGUCAUAGGCCUUGGCUUGUAGUCCCACCUUCUCACUAUGGCAUCCAUACUCUUGAAAUAUGGCCUAACUAACCUAAAGAAUUUAAAUAAGAUUCAAAUUUGAAACUGAUUGUGUACCACUUAAUUGUUGUUGUUUUUUCUGUUGUUUUUUUAAAUAUUUCAAUGCUUACUGAUUUCUUUAAUUUAUCCAAAUGUAGAAGGUACUGUGAAUCCUGUCUACUUAAUCUUUUCUCAAAGCAUUAGUUUUUCUUUUUGUUUGUAUACAGGUACUUGCUCAACCCUAUGGUAUUCUCCUUGAAUCCAUAGUGUCAGAAUCUAUUUCUUUUUAUUUUACUGAACGCGCUGUGCGCAUUAAAAAUGAAAUUUGAUAAAGCUGGGAGAGGGAUGCUGAGUUAUGGCUGAAAAGUGUUUGUGUACCUUCUUUGAGGAGACAGUGUUGUUGUCUUAAAAGAUAAUUGAUUGAUUGUGCUGGAUUCAGAUGAUUUUUGGAUGAUUGGCCCUCAGCUAUUAUUACUGUCCUUUUCUACCUGUUAGUAGAUGUUUGAUUCUUAAUAUUGUACUAAAAUUAAUUGAGCAACUUCAUAUAGCAUUGUUCUAAACCAAAGACUGAUGUGAUUUGAUUUUGACUGCCUGACUUUUCUUUUUCUUUUUUCAUAUCAUUCUUCUGUAAUUACUCAUAGUUUCAAAUAUUCCACUUUGGCUAACCUGAAUGUAUAUGAAGUGUGCAUUUUAAACAGGGAGUAGAUGAUACUUGUCUAUUUUUCUUUCUCAUGCAUAAAAAUGUAAGUGCUUUUUCAAGUACUUGAUGACUUUGCUUGAAAAUGUUGUACAUUCUACUGACAGAGAAAUGCAACCAUUAUGCUGUUUUUGGAAACAGCCAGCUAGUAUGAGCUUUGUCACAAACGUUUCACAUCUGUAACAACAUUUGCUCUUCUCUUUGUAUUCCCAGAAUCUUCUCGUGUACUUCAAAAUUUAACUUGCAAUCUAAGCAAAACUCUUAUGCAUGGACCUAUUGAAUAGGCCCCUUAAUUCGUGGAUGGGAUAUAAGUGUUGUUUUUUUUGUACAUGUCCCUUUUAAGCCAAACAAAUUUGAGUUUCCAGUGGGACCACUAGAAUUUCCAGCUAAAAUCCCUCUCCCACACACUGCACUUCUAUAUACAUACGGUUUAAGUUUAUUACUAACUUAUGGUUAUCUUAACAGCAUUAUUAUCAUGAUUGAUUUUGCAUGUCAGUAAUACCUGUCCUGCUCGUCAUGUGAUGUGAAUACCAUAUACUCUGUAUUAUGUAGCAUUUGUAGCUUCCUUGAUUUAUAUAUUGAUUAUAUUAGCUUGUACUUUGUGCUAGCUGCAGCGCUGGGCACAGAACUAUGACUUCAUAUGGUGUGCAAUCAUGAGCAUGAAUGUGCGUUCGCGCCAUAUGUAAAGCAUGCUGGAACAUGUGUGGUGCAAUUUCAGAAAGUAAUUUGGAUGUGUGUGUUGUUGUAAUUGUUUGCAUAUUGUUUUCGUAUUUGUUUGCAUAUAUACAUUAUAUGUGUAUGCUGCUUAUUAAAUCAUUUAGUUUGCAUGCAUGUAGCACACAUUGUAUUGGAAAAAAAUAUUAAAAGGUUAAAAAAAAUGUUAAGAAAUAAGCAAUUAGUUGUGGCAGUGCCACCAGUAUAUUCAUUGUGGCAUAUUUGCAGCUUACCCAAUUCUCUUGACCCAAGGUUUUUCUGGAAAUGUACGUUGAGAUUAAUCCCUUUAAAAUUUGGCGUGGAGUUGUUUCUUUUCAUAGCUAACAUUCUAAAAUCAUGAAGUUCUCUUUUUGUCAUUACCCGUAACUGUUAGACCUUCCUUUGUUCACAUGAGUAUCAAGACAAUUGGGUAACUGUCUGCAUUGAUUCUUUUUGUACAUUUUUGUGAUACUUUUUUUUUGUGUGUGAUAAGUGUUGAAGUUAUAAGACUGAUACUAAGGAUUUGCUUGGUUUUCUCUGGAUUAUAACAGACAUCUGCAUGUUUUACCAGCAUACUGUUUCAUUAAACAUAUGUUGGAAAACUUCUGUUGAACAUGUAGGAUUUUUUAAAGCAGACAUAGCUGAAUUUGUGUCGGUUUACAUUUGCAAAGAAAAUCAAUGAAAUUAAUUGAUCCUGUGUUGACAAGGUUGAGCAGUGAUGUGCAUUUGUAAGGUCAGCAGUCUCAAUUUCCUCAGUAUAUUGUCAUGAAAUAAAAAUGAUUCCCAAA